ACUUCUUCAAUAAUUUAGCAACCAAUUCUUUGAAGACUUUGAGCCUGGUACACUACCCCCUCACUAUUACUGAAAUUUUAUUCUUUGAUGUGUUCUAUCAAUGUAAUCUUCGUAAUAGGUAACCUGAUUUCAUUCGCCUAAGAAUGGUUAAAUUUUAUUUAAAGGUAGCUGCUACUUUAGAAGGAGUUACAAACUUUCAACCCAUAGAUACUCCAGAAUCACCUUUUGAAUAUACUUUCACUAUACAAUGUACAAAAUGUCGGACUACACAUGACAAACCAAUUACUAUAAAUCGAUUCGAAUCUCAUGAAAUUUCUGGAUCUCGUGGUGAAGCCAGUUUCGUAUUUAGAUGUAAAGAAUGUAAGAGUGAACAUUCAGCCUCAAUAAUCAGAACAAAUCGUCUGUUAACAGUUGAUGAUGAGUUAAAGACUGUUCCAAUAUUAGAAAUUGAUGCCAGAGGUCUUGAUUUAGUAGAAUUCAUACCUGACGGUCAAUUCGAAAGUGUAGGAGCUGAAUCAGGUACUAAAUUCACCGGGUUUGAAUUAGAUGAUGGUGAAUGGUAUGAUUACGAUGAUAAAGAAGGUGCAGAAGUGUCAAUUACUGAAGUAAAAUGGGAUGUAGCUCGUUCAUAAGUUUUCUAAAUAACUUACAUAGUCUUAAUGAUAACGCAACUAAACUAAACUUAAUUAACUGAA